AUGGUGGAGGUUGGGUGGUGGUUGGGUGUGGGGGGGGAGAGGGGGGAGAAUGUAAGAUGGGAUGGGAAGGGGGGGUGGGGGGGGUGUGGAUGGGAUAAGGGUUUUGGGGAAAUGGGGAGGGAGGGGGGGUGGGGGUGGGAUAUAUUGGGUGAAUGUAGGGGGGAUUUAUUAGAUUUAUGGUGGGUAGGGAUAUUAUAUGGGGGGGUUUAUGGGGGGGGUUUGGGGUAUGGGGUUGGGGUGGGGGGGUUGGUGAAUGUGUGGAGGAUUUGGUUGAGUGUGGUGGGUAGUGUGGGGUGGGAGUUAUUUGGGGUUGGGGGGGGUGUUGUAUUUGGGGUGGGGGGGAAUGGGAGUUUGGAUGUAGGUGGGAAAGGGGGGGGGGGAUGGUUAUGGGGGGGUUUGUAUGAGAGGAAAGGGUGGUUGGAAGGGGGGGGGGAGGAUAGUGGGGGAAAAGAUUUAUUGGGGGGGUGGUUUGGUUUUAUGUUAGGGUGGUGGUUUGGUUUGGGGAAGGGGAGGGUGGUGGGGGGAAUUGUGUUAAAGGUGAGGAGGUGGGUGGAAGACGGGGUUAGAAGGGGGAAAGUUUCAGUGUUUUAUUGGUGGGGGGUGGGGGGGGGGGGGGGGGGGGGGGGGGUGGGGGGGGGGGGGGGGGAUGUGGAGAGGAUGGGAAGGAAGAGGGGGGAAGUGGUGGGGAAAUGUUGUGUUGGGGGGGGGGGGUGUGCGAUGGGGUUUAGGGGGUGGGAGGUGGAAUUGAUUUGGGAGAGGGGGUGGGGAAAUGGUGGGGGGGGGUGUGUUUGUGGGGGGGUUGGGUGGGGGGGGUUGGUGGGAGGGGGGUGGAGGGGGGUUGGUGGAGGGGGUGUUGGGGGUGGGGGUAUGGUUUGGGUGGGGGUGUGA